AUGAUAUUUGAAUAUACGCUAUCUUUGAAUGAUAAAAUAAGAAGAGCUCUAACCUAGAAACAUUUGACGAAUUAAAUACAAAAAAUAAAAUUGAGAAAGCCAAAACAAGAAAUUCAUUAUUCUGUGCAAUCUUAAUUUCGAAGAUUGGAAAAUGAGAAAUGGACAGAAAUUUUUUAAGAGAAUCAAAAAAUUCAUCAAAAUAUAACAAAUAUUAAAUCUGUGUUGAAUACUACUAGUGACACAAUAGAGUUUCAAGCAAUAAAGAAAAUAAAUACUUAGAAUAGGACUACUUGUGCAUUACCGAAAUUAAAACCAAGAUGCAGUUCAUCACAAAGGGCAUGA